AUGGUGUUCUUCAUCAUCAUGUUCUCCGACCUCGAGUGCGACUACAUCAACCCCAUUGACCUUUGCAACAAGCUCAACAACUUUGUUUUGCCUGAAAUGCUUGCGCACGCUUUCCUUACCCUUUGCUUCCUCCUUUCUGGUCAAUGGCUCGCGUUCCUUUUGAACGCUCCUUUAGUCGCGUUCAACGUCAACAAGGUUCUGGGCAAGAACCACAUGUACGAUGCGACAGAAAUCUUCAGGACCCUUUCCGGGCACAAGAAGGAGAGCUUUAUCAAGCUCGGUUUCUACUUGAUCUCCUUCUUCUACUACCUCUACCGGCAAGUCUCCUCCGACGUCUCCUCCUUGAAUAAGCAAGCUAACGGUGUGUAG